AUGAUAGCGGAUGCUGAGAAAGUAAAUAUGCUGCGAAAAAUUAGGAAUAUUAUAGACUAUGAUCUAAGUACAGGUAACCUGCUGGUCAUAGUGGUGGUGACCAUGUCGCGCCGGCUGCGCUCCAUCACCAACUUCUUCCUGGCGAACCUCGCCAUCGCAGACCUCUGUGUCGGCCUCUUCUGCGUCUUCCCACACCUCUACCUGCAGCUCUACAACGACUGGCUGCUCGGUGAGGCUAUGUGCAAGAUGACGGUAUUCGUCCACACUCUGAGCUACACGGCGUCCAUUCUCAUCCUGGUGGUGAUCUGCACCGAGCGCUACGUCGCCAUCAUACACCCCAUCGCCUGCCGGCGCAUCCUCACGCCGGCCAGACUCAUGGCGGUGGUGGCGUGGGCGUGGCUGCUGGCGGCCGGCUACUCGUCGCCGCGGCUGCUGUGGAUGAAGACGGUGCGGCUGGGCAACCAGACGCUGUGCGCGCCGGACCGGUCGCGCUACGACCAGGGCCUGCUGGACGGGCUCACGUUCGGCCUGCUGUACGUGCUGCCGCUCGCCGUCAUGCUGGCGCUCUACUCGCGCAUCUCCGUGGCGCUCUGGCGCAGCAGCCGCGGUCUCUCGCCGGCGGGGCACUGCCACCAGGUAGCGUAG